UUUUUUUUUUUAAAAUUUUACAAACCUCAUUCCCUUUUCUCUCCUCUCUUUCUUUUUCUUUCCUUAUUUAUUAGCGAGAGGAGAGGGGAAGAAAGGUCUUUCUCUUUCCUAUUUUUUCUUCGGCUGGCCUGCGGGCUGCUGUUGUAUGUGGUAGCGUUGGGGCUUCUGAUGGGAAACUGCCAAACCACCGGUACCGCCGCCGCCGCCGCCAGGAAGAGGAGGGGGAACGGCGGCGGAACUCAAAGAGGAGGGAAGAGCAAUAGGUCGAAGUUGCCGCGGGAGGAGUAUCUGCAUCUGGUUCCGGGGCGGAUCUUCUCGAACGAGGGCAGGAGCAUCACCUCCUCCAUCUACACCCAGCAGGGCCGCAAGGGCAUCAACCAGGAUGCCAUGAUCCUCUGGGAAGAUUUCGGCGUGGAAGGCGGCGUCCUCUGCGGGGUGUUCGACGGCCACGGCCCGCAUGGCCACGUCGUGGCGCGCAAAGUCAGGGAUGCUCUCCCUCUUAAGCUCCUCGCCUCUCUUCCCUUUCCUGGCGGCGCCGCCCGCCGCAUCGGCCUUGGAUGCCUCGGCAGGCGGCACGCCCCUCUAGCUCCUGCUAGCGAGGCCGAGGAGGGGAAGGAAAACGUGGAAGACGAGGAGGAGGCGUUGCUCUCGGCCUGGAGGGAGGCGUUCGUGAAGUCGUACAAGGCCAUGGACAAGGAGCUCCUUUCCCACCCCUCCCUUGAUUGCUUCUGCAGCGGUAGCACCGCCGUAACCCUAUUCAAGCUGGGAUCGAAGCUUUAUAUGGGCAACAUUGGCGAUUCCCGUGCAGUCUUGGGGUCCAAGGAUGACAUUAGCGGUUCCAUGAUCGCCCUUCAAUUGACUGUCGACCUCAAGCCUGAUCUUCCAAGUACGAUAUCCAUUUCUUCCAUCCAGUUCUUCUGCUUGAUUGAAUUGAAGCUUGUUGGACUCUAUUGUGUGCCAACUUUUGCUGCUGUUCUCUCUGCUGCAGGAGAAGCGGAGCGGAUCAAAAGGUGCAGGGGCAGGGUGUUUGCGCUGCAGGAUGAGCCCGAGGUGCCGAGAGUGUGGCUGCCCUUUGAUGAUGCUCCUGGGCUGGCGAUGGCUAGAGCUUUUGGGGACUUCUGUUUGAAGGAUUAUGGAGUGAUCUCGGUGCCAGAGUUCUUCCACUGGAUGCUUACAGAAAGGGACCAGUUCGUUGUUCUUGCAUCUGAUGGCGUUUGGGAUGUGCUUAGCAACCAAGAAGUCGUGGAUAUUGUAUCCUCAUCUCCAACUCGAUCAUCAGCUGCAAAGUUCCUGGUUGAAGCUGCUGCUCGUGAAUGGAAGCUUAAAUACCCUACUUCGAAGAUGGAUGACUGUGCGGUGGUUUGCCUAUACUUGGAUGGAAAAAUGGAUCCUGACCCCGAAUCUGCGGAGAAUAGCACAUGUAGCGUGGCCUACUGCAGCUAUGAAGAGUGCACAAACGAAGCAUGCGAAACGCACGACCAAGAACCCACCUUGGAUCGAAAUUUCACGGUAAGAUCAGCUGGAAACACAAGAAUAUCUGCGGUGGUCGAUGAAAACAGGGCAGAUAACAUGGUGGAGGACCAGAGUUGGUCAGGCCUGGAAGGAGUGACACGAGUCAACUCGCUCGUUCAGCUUCCAAGAUUUUCCGAUGAGAAGGUGACUCUGUGAUGCUUGUUAAGAAUCUCAUAGUUCUGUUUGAUCCAUUGCCAUGCAAUGUUUGUUCCUCAAGUGGAGUGAGUUGUACAUUUUGUACAAUCACCUAGCAGUUCAGCGGUUUUGUUUGAACGUCUCUGUCCACCUUAGUUCAUUGGAAAACAUUAAACCUGUUUAGGCUGCCCAAA